CUCAUCAAAUUCUCUCAAUGUGUAAGCCUAAAUAUAGUCAUGCGUGAUCUUGUUUGAUUUGUCUUAACAUAUAGAUUAUUAAUAUAUAAUUUCUAUAAUUUUUUAAUAUACAAAUUACAAGAUAAAAUGGAUUAAAGAAGUGUAUUGGAUGGUGUGCAAAAAUGAAAGUGGACAAAUAUAGUGGGACGAAGGAAAUAUAUAUUUUUCCAGUUCGACUUUUUCGAGCCAAAUAAGAUAAGUUUUAAAUUUCAAAUAAUGAAAUAAACAAAAUGGAAGCCAUGACCGCCGCUGCCGCCAAAGAUCUGGUGACCGGAAAGUUGCCCGGCCAGACUGCGGCGGUUGGCUUCAAACACUAUGCUGGGUAUGUGACGGUGAAUAAGACCAACGGAAGAGCACUCUUUUACUGGUUUUUUGAAUCUCUUACUUUGCCUCAAGAAAAGCCUCUACUUCUCUGGCUUAAUGGAGGUCCGGGAUGCUCGUCGGUAGGGUAUGGAGAAUCACAAGAGAUUGGGCCUUUCCUUAUUGGCGGCGGCGAUGGACCUCUCUUGACAAGCAAUCCAUACUCUUGGAAUACAGAGGCGAACAUAUUAUUUCUGGAAUCUCCAAUUGGCGUAGGCUUCUCUUAUUCAAACACUAGCACUGACUUUGUCAAUCUUGGGGAUGAAUUAGCAGCAAAUGACGCAUACACUUUCCUGAACAAUUGGUUUCUCAAGUUCCCAUCUUAUAGAAACCGAUCUUUUUAUAUUGCUGGGGAGAGCUACGCAGGGCAAUACAUACCAGUGUUGGCUGACCUAAUUCUUGAGAAAAACAAGAAAUCAUCUUCUUCGAAUCUCUCCACCAACAUUAAUCUUAAAGGAGUAAUGAUAGGGAACCCGGAAACGUCAGAUGCGGAAGACUGGAGGGGGAUGGUUGAUUAUGCAUGGAGCCAUGCAAUAAUCUCAGACGAAACCCACAAAAUAAUCACAGACAACUGCAACAAUUUUAUUACUAGCGAUGUGUGGAACAACAAAAACUGUAACGACGGUGUAGAAGAAAUGUUGAAACAGUACGAUGAGAUUGACAUAUAUAGCCUUUACACCCCCAAAUGCCUAAACAACCUCACAUCAUCAUCAUUAUCGCCAUCAUUAUCAUCAUCACCAUCAUCAUCUUCCCAUAAGAUGAGAAGAAGAAGAAGAGGACAAGGACUACUAGGUUUGGUUGGGACCGGGUAUGACCCGUGUUUGGAUGAUUACACUGUUUCUUACUUCAAAAGAGGAGACGUGCAAAAGGUUCUCCACGCCAGUGAUGGUCUCCACGUCAAGGACUGGAAUAUCUGCAAUGACUCAAUUUUCAAUGCGUGGGCAUACUCAAACGAAUCAGUUCUCCCAAUAUAUCGGAAACUCAUUGCUGCAGGACAGAAAAUAUUGCUCUACAGUGGGGACACCGAUGGAAGAGUGCCAGUUUUAUCAACGAGAUAUAGCAUUGCUGCUAUGGGUCUUCCCAUUACCAAACCAUGGGCACCCUGGUUCUACCAAAAACAGGUGGGUGGAUGGGUGCAAGAGUAUGAAGGGCUAACAUUUGCGACGGUGAGAGGAGCAGGGCAUGACGUCCCCACUUUCAAACCCGCCGAGUCUUUAGCCUUAUUCUCUUCUUUCAUCUCCGGUCUCCCUCUCCCUUCCCGCCGUGGCCCCUAAUUACAUUAUUAAUUACUCACUCUUUAAUAUAUAUAAUUAACCCUAUAUACCUCACUACCUUUUCUAGUGCAUGCUCUCUCUCUACUUAUACCUAUAAUAAUAAUUGUAUCAAUUG